AUGCCCAUCGACUGUCUUGCCGGUGGUUGGUCGGUUGGUCGCAGUGAAAAUGGACAGACUCGACUUGGCUUAAACCUCUACGGCACUCUCUGCCAAAGGCGAUCUCGCAUGGGAAUCUUUCAGUUGCCUAACCCAGCUCCUGGUUCAGUGUACAGAAGCCUUAGGCCAACAGGAAAGCGAUUGUUGUCAACUUCUUCUGGAGCAAUACGACAAUGUUGGCUCCGAAGCCCGGAGGAUCAAGGCGACUGUAUCACAGACGGUAGCCAUGCUGAAUGUGUGCAUGGGCUCUGUGAAUCCGAUAGCUGGGCUGUCAAGACGACAGGCACAUGCAAGCCCACCAGCUCGCUUUGGGAACGGUCAGUCGCCUAUCAGCCGGUGAAUGCAUGCGCAUGUGGUUCCACUUUGCAUUUUGAAGAAAUG